UACAAAUUCAAGAAGCUUCACUCAUAUUCACUAUGGGGACCAUAUAUUAUACACUAAAGCACUGCCUUUUACCUGUUUCACACACAAGGAAGCAGAGGCAAGCAAGUAGCAGAAGCUCUCAAAGUGAAUAAUGUCGAAGCUAUUUGGUGGAAAAAACCCUUUUGAUGAUCCAUUUUUCACUGAACCAUUUGGUGGUUGGUUUGGUUGGAACGACCCGUUUGACGUACAGCAAGACUCUCGGAAGCAAAUUACCAUUGAAGAGUUAAAUCCUGAAGGUGAUGGUGGUCAGGCUCAGGAAAAUUCUGAACCAACAAAAGACUUGGUUGUUAAGAACAAGAAACCUAGUCAAAAAUCAAAUGGGAGCCAGAGUUUCAGCUACCGCAGAGUUUCUUAUGGUGGUUUAAAUGGAAUGUACUAUACUUGCUCUGAAGGCAGAAUGAUUGGUCCUGAUGGGGUGGUUCUAGCAGAAAUGAAAGAAGAGGACAAGAUGAUUGGGGAGUCUCUGCACACAAUCUCCAAAGGGAUUCACAACAAGGGCCAUUCUGUCACAACAAAGCAUAGUUCAGAUGGGCGAGAGGACACACUGCAGACUUUGCACAAUCUCGAUGAAGAUGAGCUUGGUGACUUUGAACAAAAUUGGAAAGCUAAUGCUGAUAAGUAUUUCCCUGGACGGGAUAAGGGUUCAGCCUGCUGGAGAAUCAAGGGUCCAUAAGCAGCUUGUGGGAUGAGUUUGCAAAUUGGAGGGGCUUGGGUGGUUAUGAACAUCCAGCUCUGGAGUACUAUGGAAAUACAGGACCGGUGGUGCAAGUCAGUGAAUCAGGGGAAGAUUCUUCUAGGAGAGCCACAAGAAGAGUCCCAGUGGAGUAGAGGGAGGCUUCCUUUGAUGAUGAAAUUAGUGGUACCUCUUAUAUCCUACCAGUGUAGCCUACUUACAUGUUUUGACCUGUUCUAUUAUCAGAGUUUAGUGUCUCUUGUCGGUUCGCGUUGAGCAUGUUUCAGUAAGACUCUGUUAAAAAACUGGAUUUGAUCAGAAGUCAAGAGUAAUGUACUGUGUGAGUGAUCUACGUAUCUAUUCUAAUUAUCAACGAAUUCUGCAAGUUUUAGGGAUGUUUUGGUGUUCUUUUCA